UUCUCAACGUCAAAAUCAGCUGUUUUUGGCCAGUGUGUUUUGAUCAUCAUCCGUGAUGCUCCACUCGUUCAGUCGGCAUAUUUUUAGAUUUGGCAGAACUUUUUCCGGUGAGCUAAUUUAGCCGAAUUAUCAAUUGAAGUUUGACUUACCGGUAAUUUAUGCAGAUAAGCCAAUAGUUCGUACAUUGAGCACCAUGGUAGACGCAAAGUUGGAAGCCGUUCCACUGGUGGAAAUCGACGAGGGCAUCUUCAAGUACGUGCUGAUCAAAGUGUACGGCAAGGAGAAAUCCGAUGGCAGCGAGCCAAGCAAGAACAUUGUCCGGGGAUUCGCCCGCGCCAAUUGGCACUCGGACAUCUACGACGAAGUGAGCUCGUCUUUGGAGGGGCUAGGCCUGGCGACGGAAUGCCUCGGGGGUGGCCGGAUUGAACACCGUGCUGACCGGAAGUGGAUCAAGGUGUACGGCUACUCGCAGGGCUACGGAAAGGCGGACCAUCAGGAAGCAAGGAGGAUUUUGCUGACGCAGUUCGGGGGAUAUGAAAUUGAAACAUCGGACGAAGGGUAUUAGGCAUUGCUGCAGCGUAAUAAAUUUCUACUUAUUUUUAGUAGUUUA